AUGGAAAAAGAUCAUGCUAAUCACUCUAAGCAGUUUGUUUUUAGUCUUGCUAAAUUUGAUGACUGGAAGAUAAGAAUGCAGGCACUCCUCUGCUCCAUACAUGACGAAAUGUGGGACGUCAUAACAACUGGACCAAUUACAGUUAUGAUGGAAAAUACACAAGCGGCAGUUCAAGGAGCUGGUGCUGAGCAAAUGAUACCGAAGCCAAAAGAUUCAUAUACCUCGGAAGAAAGGACAAGAGCAAACCUGGAUAACGUAGCAAGAAAUAUCCUCUACAACUCCCUUGAUGACUCCUUGUUCCCAAGUGUCCGAAAGUGCAAGAAUGCCAUGGAAAUAUGGAAUGUCUUGAUGGAACUAGGAGAAGGGGAUGAGCAGGAGAAAGACAACAAGCUGACUGUAGCCAUGAAGAAGUUUGAAGAUUUCAAGAUGCUUCCAAAUGAGACAAUCAUGGACAUGGAGCUGAGAUUCACCAGACUCAUGGUUGAUCUGACUGAUCUCGGGAAGGAAUUGACCGAGAAAGAAAGGAAUCUAAAAAUUCUUCGUGGCCUGCCAAAAUCUUGGGAAAUGAAGGUCAUUGCAAUGAGGGACAAUCGAGACAUGAAAACAACGAGCACGGCCAAGAUCUUUAGUGAUCUCAAAGCAUAUGAGUUCGAACAUGGACCGAAAGACGCCGAAGAAUCAGAAACGAGAAAUAUCGCUCUAAUGGCCAACCAAUCUGCAUCAACAUCCAACAGGAAGAACAACUUUCAAGACUCUCAUCGUUCGGGUCACCGAAAGCAACACGAAAAUUCUCCUCAAACCUCAAAGGCAGAAACCACAGACUCGCAACUGUUGUGCUACAAUUAUCGUAAACCAGGAUAUUUUAAGGCCAAUUGUCCUCAUCCAAUAGUGAGCAAGCAUCAAGAUAGCAACACUUCCAAAAGCCCAUCCAAGGAGACUGGAGAAAGAUACAAAAGAAAUGACAAGCCAGAAUCUUCAGGCUCCCGAAACGAGAGAAGAAGAGAGGCAAUGGUGGUGAACGAAACCUCUGCCACAGUUGAGAACGAAAAUAGCUCCUCAAGCUCGAGUUCAGACGAUGAAAGUUCUGAAGAAGAAAAAGGACUCCUAUGCCUUUUCAGUCAGGAAUCAGAAGAUCUAUGCCUUAUGGCUGAUGAAGAUGAGGUAAACUCUCAUUCAUCUUCUUGUUAUUCAGCUGAGUCAAGUUCUGUAGGGAGUCAAACCUCCAAUGAAUCAGUUACCGAAAUGAUGAGGAGGUUCAAAGUGACAAAUAACACCUACUCCAAACUUAAGGAGGAGAACUCUCGGCUCACAAUUAGCUACAAUGCGCUAAGGCAAGUUCGAAUUGAGAACAUUAAGCUAGCCAUUGCUAAGGAGCAACUUGAGAAAAAUGUUCUCACUCUGAAGGAGCAGUGCACAACAAGAGAAAGGAGAGAGCAAGAAUUGCUUGAAGUCUUGGACAAAUUUAAUAAUUCAUCCAAUCUAAUGGAUCGAAUGAUAAAUGACUCCAGACUGCCCGGGGAAAGAACGGGAAUUUGUUUUAACCCCAGCUCCCCUCACAAACCUGCUUGA